UAUGACAAGAAGGAUAAAUUGCAGUAAAUGGAGCGAAAAGUCAACUGUUUCAUCUACCAGAUUGUAUAUACCACAAAGUUGACGACAUAUCUAUAUCUAUCUAUCUAUCUAUCUACCUCUAGAGUAUAUUAGACAAAUAAAAUAAACAAAAUAAAAAUCACUUAUGUCGAUGAUAUUGAUAAUGAUGAUGAUUAUGCCGCUGAUGAUGCUGGCGAUGAAUAUAUAUGACAGUUAGACAUUUAAUAAUAUUAUCUCUAUUGAUAUAACAAUUCUAUAGUCAAAGUCAAUUAUCAUUAUACAUACAAAAUUGUUUUACUUCAUUCCACUUGGAUACUUAUACAUGGAUACACACUACAGAUAGACAUGGUUACUAGUAGUACAUUCAUUGAAUUAUUUAUUUAUUAUUCACUAAAACGACAUUGUUAAAUUGGGAAAAAUGUUACAUUUACCCUCCAUCUAUCUGGUGUACACACACACACACACUUACACACCUACACACGCACACCUACAAACAUACCUACACACACACACCAACACAUACAGACACAUAUACAAAAUCAUUUGCACUGUAUCAUAUCAUUACAAAUAAAAUGAAAAUACCGCUCAAUUAAACUGAUCCAGUUUCCAAGGGAAAUUAUUUAUUUAUUUUUUUGAAAUGAGAAUUAUUAUUCUUAUUUUCAUUGAUUAAUUAUGUUAUUAAUUCAUUUCAAGUUUUAUUUACAAAUAAAUAAUUUUUUAUAUUUUUUAUGUCAAUUCAUGAUUUUCUUAUCGAAUAUAUGGAUUUUCAAAAUGAUACAAGCAAAUCAUGUCACUAUGGCAACAAGUAAUAGUAGUAACAAUAAUAAUAAUAAUAAUAAGCAUAAUUUAUUAUUUAAUUCUGAUGGAAACAUUUUCAAUAUGGAAACACAGAUGGAUUUGAUUCAUCGUUUACCACGUUAUACACAAAUAUUGUCGUCGUCGUCGUCGUCAUCGUCAUCAUCAUCAUCUUCAUCACCGUCAGCAAUAACACCAAUUCUAGGUACAGAAUUAAUUCAACUUAGUUAUAAUUGUAUAGUCUAUGAUGAAACACCAGCUCAAUAUAAUUUACUUGAUGAAACUAAUGGAAAUACAUGUCAAUUAUUAUCACCAUCAUCCUCCUCAUCCUCAUCUUCAUCCUCCUCCUCAUCAUCAUUAUCGAGUAUACAAAUGAUUCAAAUAAAAAAUUCCGAGAAAUUAUUCAUCAAUAUGAAAAUUAUUACAACAGCAAAUCCUAUGGCAAAAUAUUUCAAUAUUAAUCCAAAUAAUUAUACAUUGUAUACAAGUCAACAUAUUGAUCGUGAAGAAUUAUGUAAUCAAGCAAUGCUAAUGACUGAUACAUCGUCUAUACCGGAUUCUUUACGAACAUGUUGUAUAAAUCGUCGAAAGGAAUGUAUUUUCCCAUUGAAUAUACUUGUACAGACAAGAAUUGGUAAAGAUGAUACGGUUGCUACUACUACUACUACUAACAGUAUUAAUAGUAGUAGUAGCACCAUUUCUAAACAUUCAGUCGACAAAGGAAUUAAUCAUGGAUCAUCCAUUAUUACUGAUACUACAAUCGCUGAUAUUAGUAGUAUAGGUAGUAUUAGUAAUAGUGGUAAUAUUGUUGAUGUUGUAAGUAGUAGUUCACGUUCAAAAUUUUUUACAAUUAACAUAAAACUAAUUGAUAUCAAUGAUAAUGCACCAAAAUUUCCAAAUCCUCAAUAUACAAUCCAUGUUUCAGAAGGAAUACAUGUUGGAUCCAGGUUACCUUUACCAUUAGCGGAAGAUUUAGAUUGUGUAGACUAUAAUAUUGUACGUUAUCAACUACUUACACAAGGUGAUGAUACAUUUGAAUUGAUUCAAUUAUCAAAUGAAUUAAUCAAUAAUCUACCUUCAUUAGUUCCAUCUACCUCAAUUAAUAAUGAUAAUAAUCAACUAAUCUAUUCAAAUUAUAAUAGUUUAUCUUAUAAUAGACAAAUGGAACAUCCAUUUACUUAUCAUCAAUCGAAUACAUUAUCACCAAUAAAUCAAUUAUUACCAUAUCAAAAUCGACCAGAACAAUUAUAUUUAAAAGUUAUGAAACCAUUAGAUUGGGAAACUAAACGUAACUAUCAAUUUAUAUUAAAUGCUGAAGAUAAUGGAUCACCAGCAUUUACAGGUGAAAUGAGUUUGAUGAUCAUUGUCACUGAUGAAAAUGAUAAUCAUCCUAUAUUUCGUAAUAAAAGUUUAAUGAUUAGUGUACCAGAAAAUUCACCUGAAGGUUUACAUCUUAUACAAUUAAUUGCUGAUGAUCCAGAUGAUGGAAAAUCUGGUCAAAUUAUUUAUAGUUUAAUAAACAAUGAUGUCAACAUUAAACCACCAUCCUCAUCCUCAUCCUCAUCAUCAUUAUCAUCGCUAUCGAAUAGUAAUGAUCAUUCCAAUCAACAUCAAUUACAUAAUAAUACUCAUACUACUAAUAAUAGUAAUGAAAUAAAGAAAAGCUUAUUUGAAAUUGAUUCUAAAACUGGUUGGUUAAUUAUAAAUGGACAUUUAGAUUAUGAAAUAUCAAAACAUCAUCUUCUACGUGUUAUAGCUCGUGAUCAAUCGAAUCAUCCAGGAUUUGAUGAAGCAAUCAUAAGUGUUUAUAUCACAGAUAUUAAUGAUAUUGCACCACAGAUUACAGUAGAAUCAGUUAAUCGUAUUUCAUCAAGUCAAUCGAUUACUGAUAAUCAUCAUAAUCAAUAUAAGAAUAAUAUAUUACAAUUGUAUAUCAAUGAAACUCCUGGACAUAAUAUAAUGAAUUAUAAAUUAGAAAAUGAAUAUACUACUCAUGAUAAUUUAUUACCAACUAUGAUACAAUUAUUAGCUUUUGUAGUUGUAAAUGAUCCAGAUACUGGUCCUGGUGGUACAUUUCAAUGUCAUUUAGAAUCAAAUACAAUAGAUAACAAUGAUAAUAAUGAUAAAGCAUUUAGAUCCAAGUUACAUUAUCCAACACAAUAUACAUUGAAUGAACAAAAUCAUUAUUUGUCAUUCAUUCCAACUCCUAGUACUAGUACUAUUCGUAGUAGUAGUACUACUGGUACUAUAAGUCAUAGUUCAAUUGUUGGAAUGUUUCAAUUAAAUCCAAUAUCUAAUUUCAAUUAUGAAUUAAAUACAAUUUAUGGAUUUGAUUAUGAAUUUAGUAAAACAGAAUCAGUAAAGAUUGUAUGCAGUGAUAAUGGGAUACCAAGUCUUACAUCCAGUUAUGUGAUUAAAGUUAUUGUACAAGAUUUAAAUGAUAAUCCACCAGUUUUUACAAAAGAUUAUCAUAAUUUUUUUGUUCAAGAGAAUAGUCCAAUCAAUACAUUGAUUAAUAAAGUAAUUGCAACUGAUGCAGACAGUGAAAAGAAUGCUGAAAUCAAAUAUCAACUUAGUCAAGAUGGUGAAGAAUACUUUACUAUUAAUCAAUUAGAUGGAACUAUUUAUACAAAAAUAAUAUUCGAUAGAGAAUUAAAACAAAAUUAUCGAUUUCAAGUCUAUGCCAAUGAUAAUGGUCAACCGAUUGCAUUAACAGCAACCACUACAAUUGAAGUGACUAUUGUUGAUGUUAAUGAUAAUACACCAAUGUUUGUCGGUUUAGAUCGAGAUAAUUGUUAUCAUUUCCGUAUAGCAGAAAAUCAACCACCGAAUACAUAUGUUGGUAUCCUACUUGGUACCGAUAAUGAUAUUGAUGAAAAUGCUCAAUUACAUUUUCGUUUACUUGGUACAACAUCUCAUUUUAGAUUGAAUAGUUCCAAUGGAGAAAUAACAACUUUACAAUUAUUAGAUCGUGAAAAACAAGCAAAUUAUGAAUUAAUUGUUUUAUUAAUUGAUCAUGGUAAACCAUCACGUUCAGCAACAGCUAAAGUUCAUAUACAUGUAACUGAUACAAAUGAUCAUGAUCCAAUUGUUGUAUUUCCAGUUAAUGGUAAAGGUAAUAUUAGUGUAUCUUAUCGGGAACCACCAGGUGAAAUAGUAGCACGAAUUGAAGCACGUGAUCCCGAUGAAGGACAUAAUUCUUUAUUACAUUUCAAUUUAUAUUCUGGUAAUCAAGCUUCAGUCUUUCGUCUUGGUAGUACAUCAGCUGAAUUAAUAAUUGAUCGUGAAUUAACUAUACAAGAUAUUGGUUUAUAUCCAUUAGUAAUACAUAUACAAGACGCUGGUAUUCCAUCACGUACAACAGAAGUGAAACUAAUGGUUAGAAUAAUUGAUUCACCACCACGUAUAUAUUCGAAUCGAUUUACUAAUUUACAUCAUUCUACAAAUUUAUUAAAUAAUGAUAUUAAAUCAUUAAAUUUACAUCGUCGUUUCAAAGAUAAUCAAUAUUAUUCAUUAAUCAAUGAUCAUGAGAAAUUAAUGAAAACCAAUGAAUUUCAUAAUUAUGAUGAGAAUAAUCCAUUCAAUACUAGUUCUAUAUUAGUUGCUAUCGUUGCAUUAAGUUGUGCUAUUAUACUUGUAUUAUUAGGCAUUACUGUAUAUGUAUGCGGUCGACGAGGAUUUCAAAGUUUUCGUUAUCAUAAUAAUACUACUACUACUAAUAAUAAUAGUAGUAAUAGAAAUGGUCGAAUGCAAUAUCUAUUACGUAAUGAUAAUUCAUUAAAUAAUAUCAAAUUAACUGAUAAUAAAUUUAAUUGGAAAAAUAUAUUACAUUCAAAAUAUCAUACAAAUCAUAAUAAUAAUAAUAAUAAUAAUACAAUAUUAUAUCCUAAUAAAUCAAUAAUCAAUAAUCAAUAUCAUUCCAAUCAAUCGAUCUUAUUCAAUAAUGAAAAUAAUCCAUAUAUUGAUCAAUUUAGUAAUGUAUCCUUAAAAUCAAUAUUGAUGGAAGAAAAUAAUUCAUUAAAAAAUAAACAAAAAAAUCAUGAAAAUUAUACAACAUUUUUACCAUUCAAUGAAUAUAUAUCAUAUAGAAAUUAUCAAAAAACAUUACCAAUAAUCAAUGAUAAACAAUCAAUAUAUUUAACAAUGCCAAUCAAUAAUAAUAAUGAAUUAAAACAAAAUUAUGAAAAAUAUUGGAUUAUUAAUAAACAAGAUUCUAAUAAUUAUACAUUACCACAAUAUAAUCAAUAUGAACAACAUAUAAGUAGUAACAGUAAUAGUAGUACAUUGAUCAAUUCGAAUCUUGAUUAUUUACAACAAUCUCAUCAUAGUAACAAUAAUAAUGAUUCAUUGAAUUUAUGUAAAACAAUGAUGAAUGAUGAAGAUUUAAAAAAUAAAUCAAUAUUACCAAUGAAUAUAUCAACAAUAGAUAUAAUAAAUAAUACGAAUAAUGUUACCAUGGCAACAGAUACGAUUAAUAGUAUCAUGUGUAAUAAUAAUAAUCAUAAUAAUCAUAAUAAUAAAAUUGAUCCUAAUUAUUUUACACAAUCGUUAAAAUUAAAAAAAUCAGAGAAAUUAGAUAAUUCAAUGAAUUUAUUGAAUGGAUCAAUGAAUGAUAAUAAUAAUAAUCAUGAUCAUAAUUUAAAUGAAAUAAAUCAAUUAAAAACUGCUAGAAGUUGGGAAUAUAUUGUAAUACCACAUAAUAAUAAUAAUAAUAAUCAGUCAUUAUCUCCUUUAUCAUCAAAUAAAGAAGAACAUAACAAACCACAAGAACAGCAACAUCAAGUUUCAUUGACUUCUAAUAUUCAAUCAAAUAUUCCAUCAAGUAAAUCAACAACACUUGUAUCACCACAACAUACAAUUCAACAUAAAAUAGGUAAUUGUCUUUCAGAUAAUCAAUCUUUUAUGAUAACUUCUACACCUUGUAUUACUUCUACACCAUCUACACCUUCUAUUACUUCGACUACUUCCACUCAUACUACUAGUACUCAUACUACUACUACUACUACUGCUACAUCAUCAAACUGUUCUGAUUAUACUAUUAUUAACCAAUAUCCUAAUACAUUACAAACAUUUAAUAAACAAUCUAAUCAGAAUAAUAAUGAUAAUUUAUCUGUAUUCUAUUUAAAUCAUUCAACAAAUAUUAUUGAUCAUUAUAAUCAAUCUUUAUUAUUAAAUCAAUUUAAUCAUAAACAAAUCAAUAAAUCAAUAGAAAAUGGUAAUCAAUCAAUAAUACCAAUUAAUUUAAUUGAUUUUAUUGAUAAACAAUUCAAUGAUAAGAAAUCUUUUAAAUAUGAUAUCAUAAUAGAUAACUCAAUCAUAAAUGAUUCUAAAGAUUCAAUGGAUGAUAAUAAUAAUAAUGCGAAUACACUUAUGUAUAUGAUAAACAAUCAACAACAACAACAACAACAACAACAACAAUCGAAUUCUUCACAUUAUGAUUCAAAUCAUGAUAAUAUUUCAUCAAUUUCUACUGAUUUUGUUUAAAGAAAUUCGUUCGAUUAUUGAUUUUUUGUUUGUUUGUUUGUUUCUUUGUUUGUUUUCUUCUUUUCUUUUCUUCUUUUCUUUUCUUUUCUUCUUUUCUUUUCUUAUAGACGAUCACAAUAAACAAUUGUAUAAUUGUACAUUUUUGUUUUGAUAAAAUAACUCAUUUCAUUAGAUUAUAUAAUAAUAUUACUAAUAAUAGAUUUGAAUUGUUUA